AUGGCGCGGAAAGGACAGUUGUCCAUCCAGGACAGCAUCGAGAACGACGAAGAAUUUGAUGCAUAUAUCGAAGCUAACUAUGAUAGACUUAUUUGUAUGGAAGUGUACUCAGAAUUCUGUGGCCCCAGUCAAGCAACUCAGAAUGCAGUCAGGAAAGGGAAACUUGAAAUCGGCGGUGAUGACGUUGCUAUGUGUAAGGCCCUAACCGACAAUAUAAGCUACCUCGAAAGAUUUCGAUACAAAAGCGAACCAUGCUUCGUUUUCAUAUACAAAGGGAAAUUCACGAAUAUAAUGUUUGGUGCAAACGGUAUCGAGUUAUGCAACAUCAUUGAGAAAGAGUUGGAAGGUCGGAGAAAAGAGUUGCAAGGCGGUCCUCCGAUGAUCAAGUAUGAUUUUGAAGAAGUGUUACCAAUUGAAGCUGAGAAGACAGAAGUCGAACGUAAACUGGAUAUAGAAACACAGGAGCAAAGGGAAAGAUUGCGAGUGCUUACACUCGCCGCGCGAAAGAAACGAGUGUGCGAGCGAAUGUCCGUGGAUCUACGCCGAUACAACUUUAUCCUGUUCUGGCCUCAUUGUCACCACGCGCAUUAUGACCUCUACGAGAAGUGGGAUUACGUCAAUAUAGUCGUGGCGGCCAAGGAGGAAUUCCAACUGACCGAAGACAACUUGAAGGAAGCUUUAUAUAUGAGCGACAUCGAUCCCAACGAGGCGUGUCUCUACGCAUUGCAAAAGGGCCCUGCACUAGUGGUGCUGUUUAAAAUGUUUGACACUGAUGACAGAAAUUUUGUUAACGUAUUGCGGUAUUCGCUUUAUCAAGAAAUCCCGCAGCCGAAGGAAGACCUCCCUCCAGAAAAGCAGGUGCCGCCAAUUCCUGCCUUCGAACGAUAUGCAUCUAUCAGCAAGAGUGCAAGGGAAGUAAGACGGGAGCGAUACAACGCCAAGAUGCAGAAACUGCGUGCAGAACAAGAAGAAAGAGAUCGUCUAAAAAGAGAACAAGAGAGAUUGGCGCGCGAAGCCGAGGAGGACCGCAUAAGAGCUGAGAAGCAGAAAAAAGAUGAAGAAAGAAUGGCAAGACUUGCUGCUGGGUUACCAGCAGAGCCUGAGCCAGAAGAAGUUGGAGCAGAAGGAGUCGAAGGCGAAGGAUUGGAAGGCGAAGAACUGGCCCUUACGGAAGCGACGGAAACCACUGCCACCGAAGGCACGGACUUAGAAGGCCUGCCGGUAGUUCUGGAGGACGACGAAGUACGUGAAGAGCAAAUACCAGAGUUCCACUCAGACGUCGAGAUCGAGGGUGAGGAGUACAUCCCUCCUGGCGGCCUCUUUGUACCGGGUCUGUACUGUCCGCCGAACGAGCUCGCUAAAUCCAAUGGUCUCGUUUUGUUCUUCAGAAAGACAAUACAAACCGUCACCACAAUAGAAUCAGAGGUAUUGCCGCCACACGUUUUAGUGAUGUUCCAUGUCGACAAACGGCAUGAAGUGAUGGACGUUGUCGAGCAACAUCCUGGUACACUUUUACAGAUGGGGUUAUUCCAAGGCGACGAUCCGUUUAAUGUGGAACAUGUAGCGUUCACUGUGAAGCAGUACGACAAGAUGGUCCGAUUGCGAAAACACUUAGAUCGCUUCGCAUUGCAAGUAUCCCGUAAAAGAAGUUUUGCUUUGCUGCAACUGGCGGGGCUGAACCCUUGCUACAUUAGCAGUGACGUGGAGGCCGGAGAGCGCGACUGCCUUGCGCUAUUCCCAGUAGGCUAUGGCGACCAGUAUAUAGAAGAAGAAAGCAUUAAGGAAGAGGCCCCGCCCGAAGAACAAAUUCAAGUCGUGGAAGCAGCUCCCGCAGUCGAAGAAGCAGAAGAGAAGGCAGAAGAAGAGGAAGAGGACGAAGGAUAAUAAAAUAAACAUGUACUUUGCAAAUGCUUUGAGAUCCUAGAAAUGUCAAUUAUGUCUACCAGUUUUAAAGAAUUUCUUUGUCCAAUUGUUAUCUUCUACUAGAAACUUGUCUUCUGGAAGAUUUAGAUAAUAAUAAUACAGAUGAAGUAGGCUCUUAUUACACACCCUCCACAUAGAUACACACCAUACUGCAUUUACUUGAUUUCGGUCCGUAAGUGUGGUUAAAACCUGCCAACGGGCUAAGAAAAAGAAGAAAAACAGAUAAUAAUAAUAAUAACGCACACACUCAUAGCCCCGGACUAGGGAAACCCUGUAUCGAGGGUACCGUGGACACACACAUAGACAACCACAAAUUACACUCAAACUCACGAGGAAAAUGAAUGUAGGUCAUAUAAAUAUUUUUCUUGGCCCGGGAAUCGAACCCGGGACCUCUGCGUGGCAGACCAGCAUAAUAACUGUUCGGUUACGGAGUGUUCGACCUAUUUAGUGAAGUGCAGGUGUAGUGUAAGACAGGCGGGAGUUACACUGGGACUUGUUUAUAAUCUACUAUGGAAAUAUGGCAAAUUUUAUUUCUCAUACAUUGACUUACAAAUAAAUGGACGACGGGUCUAAUACAAAAACCACGAAAAAAAUGUCCCAAGUCAACCUAUUCGAAAUUUAAAUUAUUAUGU